AUGCCCCACCUCUCCUCAUGGCUCUCUUUGGCAACCUGCGCCCUGCUCGCGGGGGUGUGCUACCUCGCCAUCCGCCUCAUCCUGUCCUCCCGUGCUUUCAAGGAGCGCACCCGCGGCCUGCCCCUGCCCCCAGGCCCGAAGCCCUACCCGCUCAUCGGAAACCUACUCCACCUUCCCAAGGGCAUCGCAUGGCACGGAUACGCAGAGAUGUGCAGGAAGUAUGGUGGUAUGGUGUACCUAGAUCUCGGUCACCGUCCGCUGCUCGUCCUCGACGACCUCAAGGUCAUCAACGAGCUCCUCGACAAGCGCUCUGCCAUUUACUCUUCCCGCAUCACGACCGGCAUGUUUGAGCUCGUCGGCUGGGACUGGAACCUCGGCAUGAUGCCGUACGGCCCCAGGUGGCGCGAGAACCGCCGCGUGCUCUGGUCGCACUUCCACCCGAGCGUUGUGCUGAAGUACGAGCCCGCACAACGCGCGAGCGUCCGCCGGUGUCUCCUCCGCCUCCUCCACAGCCCAGAGCGGCUCGUCGAGCACGUCCGAUACUCUCUCGGGGCGACGAUGAUCGAGGCGACAUACGGCCUCCAGGCGGCGGACACGCACGACAAGUACAUCGCCGCGUCGGACGAGGGCAUGAAAGUGCUCGACCUCCUCGUCUCGGGCUCGUCCGUGUUCGAGUUCUUCCCCCGCCUCGCGCGCGUCCCGACCUGGCUCCCCUUCACCCAGUCCGUGCGGCGCAUCCACGAGGCGCGGCGCAACCUCGCGAUCAUGCGCGACCUCCCGUGGGAAGACGCGCGGAAGCAGAUGGCCGCGGGCGAGUCGAGCGAGAAUUGCACGAUGCACGACCUCGUCGAAAGCUUUGCCAGCCUCAAGGGCCACGCCGCCGCCGAGGGGGAAGAGAACGCGAAGAGCAUCGCCGCCGUCGUCUACUCCGCCGGCAUCGACACGACCUUCACCGUCAUUUCCGGCUUCUUCGCCGCGAUCGCACGGCACCCCGAGGUGCAGGCCCGCGCGCGCGCAGAGCUCGACGCCGUCGUCGGCCCGCACCGCCUGCCCACGCUCGCGGACCGCGCGGCGCUGCCGUACGUCGACGCGGUGCUCAAGGAGACGAUGCGGUGGCACGUGAGCGCGCCGCUUGGCGUGCCGCACGUCUGCACGGCGGACGACGAGUAUGGGGGGAUGUUCAUCCCCGCGGGCACCGCGAUCAUGGUCAACAUCUGGUCCAUCAUGCACAACCCGGAGCAGUUCCCGCAGCCCGAGGUGUUCGACCCGGACCGGUACUUCAAGCACGGCAAGCUCGACCUCGGCGCCGGGGACCCGUCCGUCGUGUUCGGCUUCGGUCGCAGAAUCUGCCCAGGACGCCACUUCGCCGAGUCCGUCGCGUGGCUCUACGUCGCGAGCAUCCUCCACACGCUGGACGUGUCUCUCCCGCUCGACGCCAACGGAGCACCCGUCGACGAGCCGCUCAAGAUCUCCCCGGGCUGGCGUGGUGACGUCAUUGAGAACCUGCGGUGCACCAUCCGCCCGCGCUCCGCCGCCGCCGAGGACCUCAUUCGGAACGGCGAGCGCCGCGACGAGGAUUGA